CGGAAAUGCACAUUGUUCGAAAAGCAUGCACUGUAAGUCUGCUGUUUUAAAGAAAAAGUGAAUAUCCAUAAAAAAUGUGUUCUUUAUGAUUGAAGGGUGAAUGGAGGCAACACAGCUGAUCGAUGACUCAAUAUUGGAAGAGUCAGAGGAGGAGGAUGGAGAGAUGCGAAAAGAGAAGCGAGGAGAGCCACUGGCCAAACUCAGGGUGUUAAAAAAUGAACACAUCUCAGAGACUGAGUUGCCUCUCUACCAGGGAGAGAAUGUGUUGGGUCGAAACCCAAACUCCUGCUCCCUGCCCCUCGUGGCCCGCUCCGUAUCCAAGCAACACACCGUCAUCUCCAUCUCAAUGUUUCACGGCAACCGUUGUCAUGGCAACGUUGCCGCCAUGGAGACAGAGGCUUUAGUGUGGGACCUGGGGAGCAUGAAUGGGACAAGGAAGGGCCGGACCAAACUGACCCCUCACGUCCGCUACGCUCUGACCGAGGGAGAGUGUGUGGUAAUAGCUGACAUCCCCUGCCAGUAUGUCUCUGUGGACCAGAGGGGGGGACAGAGGCACAUGCAGAACCCGAUCAACGCACACUCUGGAAGGGGAAGGAGGACAGGGCCAGACAGGAAGGCCCAGUUCAGAGGAAGCCCUAUUGGCCAUGGUCUGGGACGAAAGACUGGCACACCGAAGACUGAGAGACCGACUGAGGGUAGAGGAGUCAAUGGAGAGAUGGGGGCACCAUCGUUGACUGAGCUGGGUGGAAAGGGUCAAACUCGGGCCAUACCCCUGUUGUUGGAACAAACCCCCACACAGCCUGAGAGGACACUGGUGCCUGAAUCUGAGUCUGACUCCGACGGAGAUCGAGAGGGACGGAGAGACAAACGGGGAAAGUACUUUGUCUCUGAUUCUGACUCCCACAUGUCCAGUCCCACCUGUUCUACAUUCCUCAGUCCUACAAACAAAGUCAUUCCAGAGAGUGAAGACGACCGCCCCAUCACUCACUCCUCUGCUAAAAACAGACCCAAGAAAGUAGUGAGCUUCAGUGAGGAGGAGAGCGACAUGGAUGGACCGAGAAAGCAUCCCAGGAGAAGAAGAGCACAAGUGAUAGUGGACGACAGCGAGGAGGAGGGGAAGGAAGGCACAGAGGCACUAGGAGAGAAGGAAACUGGGAAAAGGACAAGAGGAAAGGAAGAUGUGUCAGUGGUGAACCAGGUGCCCCAGACCCCUACAGGUAAGGGCAGAGGUAAGCGUAGGGCCCCUGUGGAAUCAUCACCUUUUGCCAAGACCCCUCGCUCCUCCUCUGCCUCUCCCCUGUCCUCUCUCUCCUCCCCUGGGACACUGGGCCGAGCUAGGGCCUCCACGCAGUCCUACAAGGUGUUGUUUACAGGAGUGGUGGAUGAGGAGGGGGGGAAGGUGGUGUCUCGUCUGGGGGGCAGCCUGGCGAAGGGCGUGGCCGACAUGACCCACCUGGUGACUGACAGGAUCCGACGCACCGUCAAGUUCCUGUGUGCUGUGGCCCGUGGCGUGCCCGUCGUCACCACCGAUUGGCUGGAUAAGUGUGGUAAGGUGAGUAGUUUCCUACCUACUGACAGGUACCUGGUGAAGGACAGGGAGCAGGAGAACAAGUUCAGCUUCUGUCUGGAGGAAUCACUAAGGACCGCCAGCAUCCAACCUCUACUACAGGGAUAUGAGGUCCAUGUAACCAGGUCAGUGUUGCCUCAGCCAGCCCAGAUGAAGGACAUCAUCGUCUGUAGCGGAGCUCGCUUCCUCUCCAAGAUGCCCUCCACUCAGAAGGCCCAGGCCCGGACCCUAGUGAUAUCGUGUGGGGAGGACUGGUCUCUCUGUGCUCCUGCUUUCUCUGCUUCUCUCCCCGUCCUCAGUGCUGAGUUCCUGCUAACUGGUAUAUUACAGCAGAGAGUGGACCUGGUAACCCAUGUCCUCCCAGCCCCCAAACUCAGGGCCCAGCCAGGAGCCAAAGGCCAGGCCAGUGGCAGGAAGAGAACGUAACAGAAAAACAAAAUUCACCUGGGUGGUAUUCAUUAGUGCAUACUGUAGCAAAACAUUAUGCAACAGAAAACAAAAACUAGUGUUGGACAAGUUCAGGUAAUCCCUCCCUGUUUUAGUCUGUUUUCUUCCGAUAGGUGAAUAUGACCCUGUCUACAGGGCCAGGGAGAAGGCAUUAUAGUUCCAGAGGAGACCGCAGACAGACGACACCCGUGUGUGUGUGUGUGUGAUGGCGUGUGUGAUAGCAUGCAGCACCCACCUCCACCUGUAUAGAGAACAGUAGCAGGUCCAGGCCACAGAGGAGUGGUAACUACAGUACUACUACCCUGGAGGGGCUGGAGACCAUUAGACACCUGAGAGAGGGGAGAAUGAGGAUUCGGAUGUACAAGAGACAAAUGGCAGCAUCCCAAAUGGGACCUUAUUGCCUACUUUUGAAAAGAGCCCUGCACUAUAUAGGGAAUAGGGUGCUAUUUGGGACACAGACGUAAAAGGCUGGUGAGAGGAGACAUCCACCUGUAUGACCAACUAGACUAGAUAGUUGAGAAUGUAUUCACUCAGAUAAGACAAACAAACCCAAGAUAUGGAAAUGUAUUCCUAUGUUUGAGGGUAGAGAAUAUACAUGCAGAGAAAUGCUCUGAAUAGAUUUGUUUAUAAAAAAAAGUAAAUAUGAGGUAACAGAGAGAAAUACAUGAUCAUUUACUGCC